CACACUCGUCUCGCUGGACUUAGUUACAAAUCUGUCGCUGGCAAUGUGGUUGAGUCGCAUCGCUGGACUGGAACCUUGAGCUGCUAGGAAUCGGAAUCCCUCGCCAAAACCUCUCCAAAUCCGGAUUUGUGUCGCUAUUCCAUCACUCGAUCGACAUGAGUUCGGCGAAACAUCUGAAGACUUUGAGUGAAGAUGAGCUCGGGGAUUUCUUCGACUCAUUCGAUUUGGUCUUCUGCGAUUGCGAUGGAGUGGUUUGGUAUCCCCUACGGGAUUUUAUUCCCGGUUCCGCUGAGGCCUUGUCCCAUUUGGAGCUCCUCGGCAAGCAGGUGACCUUUGUGACCAACAACAGCAUCAGUUCGGUGAAGGAGCACAUCGAGAAGUUCGAGAAACAGGGUAACCUCAAGAUUGACGAGCAUCAAAUCGUCCAUCCUGCACAAACUAUCUGCGAUCAUCUGAGGUCCAUUAACUUCCAGGGACUUAUAUACUGCCUGGCCACGCCCCCUUUUAAGGAACUCCUUGUGGCUGCCGGUUUUCGGCUGACAGAAGAUAGCGGUACCGGGAUCAUCAGGAGUCUCAAGGAUCUGCACGAUGCCAUCUUCUCCGGCGACUCUGUGGAUGCAGUCAUCAUCGAUGUGGACUUCAAUCUGUCGGCUGCCAAAUUGAUGAGAGCCCAUGUCCAGCUGCAGAAUCCCAAGUGCCUUUUUCUCGCUGGAGCUGCAGAUGCCCUUAUACCUUUCGGCAAGGGCGAGAUUAUAGGACCUGGAGCCUUCAUCGAUGUGGUGUCCCAGUCCGUCGGCCGUCAGCCCACUGCUCUGGGCAAGCCAGGCGAGGAUCUGCGCAGGCUCCUGCUGGAUCGCCACCCGGAAAUCCCGCCCAGCCGCGUGCUCUUCGUGGGCGAUAGUCUGGCCAGCGACAUCGGAUUCGCCCGCGCCAGUGGCUACCAGACGCUCCUCGUCCUCACCGGCGGCACAAAGUUGGAGGACGUCCAGCGACUGCCGGCUGACCAUCCCCAGAUGCCCGACUAUCUGGCCGAUUGCCUGGGCCAGAUAGCACCCACCUCCGCACCCAAAAAUCCGGAAUCGAGUAAUUCUGACUCGACGCAUUUGACUUGAUAGCGCUUCGAGUGUUUGCCACACCUUUCCACGGGACUUUAAUCUUAAGAAACCAUUAGUGUUUUAGAUUUUAAUCAACAGGUUAGUAUGUGUCGGAGUAAACAACAAACUAAAUCUAAUCAUGCUGAAGUUUUUGGAAAUCAUUUGAAUUAUUUGUAUAAUGCAUCUCUACUUCAUAACGAAUCAAUUUAAAAUGUUAUACGGAAUUUUGAAUUUAAACUUGAAUUUUUAAACUCAAUAUGAUUGUGUAGGAAAUAUAAAAUAUUCCCAAAAGAUCCACACGAUUUAUGAAAUCAUUUGAUUUUGUUUGUACAAUGCAUUUCUGCUUUAUAACGGAUUAAUAUAAAAUGUUAUACGAAUUUCGAAUUUAUAAUUGAAUUGCUUUGAGUCAAAAUUUAAUAUACUUAUAUACGUACAAUUAAAGUUUUCAAAAUAAUGUAUUGGAAAUUCGAUUAACCCAUCGUUUUAAAAAAUAUUUUUAUGUAUAUAUAUGUUUAUAUCUGUCGAAAUAGUACACAUACUGUAUAAAAUAUUCCAAAUUGCAUACAAAUAAUUAAAAGUAGUAAUAAUAUUCAUAGUUUUCCUAGGACUAAGACCUGGAAAACCCCCCAAAUUCGAUAGUUCGAUUCUACUUUUCUGAGUAUUUUUGUUUAUUUUGUUAGGUGUGAGUUUUAUUGCAGACGCCCAAUAAAAUGUGGUGUGAUUAAGCACAUGACUGCAUCAACUCCAAUGAAAUUUACAAAUAGUUGCAUGAAUGGUCCCAUUUUUACCUUCCGGCAAUCCCCGAGU